UGUUGCUUCUGACUGUAAGAAAAGGGAGAGCGAUGCAAAAACGAACAUCGGAAAUGUCUUCAACAGCUGUACUCCUGUCCAGGUAACCUGCCCAGGUGAGGGUUGGCACGGGCAAUGGAGGUAGGAAGCCUACCGGUGGAGCUGUGGAGGCUCAUCUUGGCUUAUCUCCCCUUGCCGGAUUUGGGCCGGUGCUGUCUGGUGUGCAGGGCCUGGCGAGAGCUCGUCCUCAGUUUGGACAGCACCCGUUGGCGUCAGCUGUGUCUCGGGUGCCCGGAGUGCCGUCACCCGAACUGGCCCAGCCGGCCGCACCUGGAGCCCGCCUCGUGGCGCGAGGCUCUCCGUCAGCACGCUCUGGCCAGCCGAACCUGGACCCAGAACGGGCCGGAGCUCCAGUCCUCGGCCUGCAUCCACCUCUUCCGUCGGAGGAAGGACAGGAGGGUGUGGCACGUCGGUACCGGACCGGGCUGCGAGUACGAGACGCUCAGGGAAGCUCUGGCGUUGGCCGGGCCGUACGAUCGGGUGGCGCUGUACCCUGGCGUGUACGAGGAGCAGGCAGAGGUGACUCUGAAGGUGCCAGUGGAGAUUGUGGGCAUGGGAAAACUAGGGGACGUGGCACUGUUAGUUAGUAUCGCCCAGCAGUGCCCCACUGCCAGGCUAUGUAACCUGGUGUUUAUGCCUGCGUGGUUCUCACCUGUGGUUUACAAGACAUCUUCAGGUCACGUACAGUUAGACAACUGUAACUUUGAGGGCUGUCAGCUUCACGUGAGAGGACCCGGAACCUGCCAGGCUCGGUUCUGUUCGUUUGCCCAAGGCAGCUCCGCCCACUUCCUGGGUGUGGCCAUCAGCCUGAUGGAAAGCUGUGAGUUCUCGGGCGGUGACUCCGCCUCCGUCACUGUGGAAGGAGCUCCCGUCUCUGAACGCAACUGGGCGUGUAAGCACCUCGCUGCCCUGGCCAAAACCUUCACCGCCGUGGCAGCGAGCAACGGGACGGUCGUCACGGACGCGGCCAACCAGACCGCGAAAGGCGAGGAGGGAGGAGACAAUCCUGAGACCAUGCCCCUGGGUGGAGCUUACACCUUAGAGGACUGGAGCAAGCAGGAAAUGGAUCGCCGAAAGGGCGGGGCUAAAGGUUUUCCCGAGGACGGAUUGUAUCAAGGUCAGGACACGGCGAUCGAGGACUCAUGGAGCGAGAGCGAUCCCAGCGAAGAGGAGGAGGAGGAGCGCGACGACAUCGACGAGGACGGAACGUCAAACGGCCCCGUUUCCACGGACUACAGACUCUCGUACGAACAACACGGGCUGGCGCACCUGUUGGAACCCAGACUGAACGCGGCUUUUCCCGCGUUGCGGAGCCUGUCGCAGGAGUUGCAGCGCGAUGCGGAGGCGCAGAUGUUGGCGGCCGCGGUCCAGGGCUGCCUGCUACGCCGCUGUUUACUGCGUGACGGGAAAGGGGGCGUUCACAUCUGUAAUUACGGACAGGCUCGAUUGGAGGCCAACGUGUUUAGAGGACUCAAUUAUGCCGUUCGUUGCAUCCAGAAUGCAAAGAUGGUGAUGUUGCGUAAUGAGGUGAGUGGAUGUCGGGCGUCGGGCAUAUUUCUGCGUCUCUCUGCUCAGGGUCUCAUUGCCGAAAACAACAUCCAUUCAAACGCAGAGGCGGGACUGGACAUUCGCAAGGGAGCCAAUCCCAUCAUCCUGUGUAACAGAAUCCACAGUGGGCUACGUUCCGGAAUCGUUGUCCUGGGAAAUGGCAGAGGUUGUAUCCGCAGCAACCAGAUCUACGGCAACAAAGAGGCGGGAGUCUACAUUCUCUUCAAUGGAAAUCCAGUGGUCAGUGGGAAUCAUAUCUUUCAGGGCCAGGCUGCAGGUAUAGCUGUCAAUGAAAACGGCAGGGGGCUCAUCACAGAGAAUGUGAUCAGACAGAACCAGUGGGGCGGUGCCGACAUCCGUCGGGGGGGCGACCCAGUCCUGCGUAAUAACUUCAUCUGUCACGGUUACUCGGACGGCGUGGUGGUGGGAGAGAGAGGACGGGGUCUUAUCGAGGGAAACCACAUCUAUGGUAACAGGGGUUGUGGCGUUUGGGUGAUGUCGACCAGCCUACCACAACUUGUAGGGAACUACAUUACCCACAACCGCAUGUAUGGACUUGCAGUGUUCUGCCGGAAGGAUCCAGAUGCUGCUGGUGCCAGAGAGGUCAUUCGCUCAGCACAGGAGAGAGAGAGAAGAGGUGGAGGAGAACGAGGAGGAGGAGGAGGCGGACAGGAAAACUUAAAUGAAGAAGGAGAAAUGAUGGCAUGGGAGAGUGAUUUGGAUAGCGAGGACGAGCGGUUCUCUUCUCGACGGCCAAUCACCGUUGCCCUGGUGGAAAACAACUGCAUGAGCCGUAAUGGAGCAGUGGGAGUCUAUGUCAAGAGCAGUGAGGCGUUGAAUGUGGUGUCGAACAUGGUCAUUGAGAACAGAGGAGCAGGUGUGGCGGUCAUACAGAGCGCUCAGCUGACUCGCCUGGUCGGCAACUGUAUCCGUGGUAACGGCCGCGCCGGCAUCGCUGUGGAGCGGGAGUGCCGGGUCGAGCUGCGCUGUAACGGUGUCUAUGGCAACGGUAGCCACGGCAUUUGUUUCCGGGGAGACGGGCAGGUCGUGGAAAACGACGUUGUUGGAAACCGUGCCUUCGGGAUCCGAGUGAUGGAGAAUGCAGACGUGCAGGUCUUAAGGAAUCGUGUUCAGGCGGGGCGUGGCUGUGGCAUAGGUGUACAGGAGCAGGUAAAAGGCUUAAUCCAGGAGAAUCUGGUUUAUCAGGGUCACCCGGCGAGUGCCAAACCCCAGAUACAGCACCAGCCUCACAACCCCGACUGUGUGUUACUCAGCAACCUUCUCCUCACGCACACGCACAGGAGGUCAGGGAAACUACCGGUACCCUGGGCUCUGGAAAACCCUCCUCCUCGUCCUCACGGAAAAGAGCCCUCUCACACACCUCCCUCGGCCCACCCCGCCCACUUAGCGAUCAACGUGACAAGCAGGAUCACUGCCACGGUGGAGAGCGGUUGCCAUAACAAUGGCAGCAUCUUCUGUUCCAUCCUUUGA